GCCCAAAGAGCCCGUGCCCGUGCCUGUGCCUGCCACUCACCCACCCACUACCAGGCCUGGUUGCGGUUGCCUCGUCAUCCGGGUCCUGCCUUGGCUUAUUAUUAUCAGCUAGCUAGGUUUAUCGGUGGCAGCUGUGUCACAAGACGCUGCCAAUCCCCCCCGGAGCUCCAGGGUCACUGGCUGGGGGACUGACGUAGGCUCAGGACGGCUGUCGCACUGGUCCAGUAGUGUAGACCCGCCCACCCCAUUUGCCCAUCCAUCAUCCAUCCCUCCAUCUGCCAGUCUGCUUCCGCAUCCACACCACACCUCAUAGCUUCCCCAGUUUCCUUACCUCACCAACCGUCCUUGGGGCCUCCGUCACUCCUGACCCCUACACUUCUCCGGAUCAUCAACCACAUUCUCUGUCUCGUUUUCCUUUCAUCACCAACCACAUCUAUUUUUGCCAUUUUCAACCAUCCUCCAUCAGUCUCUCCAGUAAUCGAUAUCACAGCUGCCCAUCAUGAAGGGAGCUAUGCUGAGCGCCAUGCUCUUUGGCGCCUCCGCCCAGGCGGCCGGAGUCCACAAGAUGAAGAUCCAGAAGAUCCCCUUCGAGGACCAGAUGAAGGCGUUCCCCAUGCAGGACCAGGUCAAGUACCUCGAGCAGAAGUACUCUGGAGCCCAGCACCCCUUCGGCUACAACGAGCCCAACAUCGAGCCCAACAAGGACCACACCGUUCCCAUCACCAACUACCUGAAUGCCCAGUACUUCUCCGACAUCAAGGUCGGAACUCCUCCCCAGGAGUUCAAGGUCAUCCUUGACACUGGCAGCUCCAACCUCUGGGUUCCUUCUUCCAAGUGCACUUCCAUCGCUUGCUACCUGCACACCAAAUACGAGUCUUCGUCGUCGUCGACUUACAAGAAGAACGGCUCAUCCUUUGAGAUUCAAUACGGCUCUGGCUCCAUGAAGGGAUUCGUCUCCCAGGACACCCUGCAGAUUGGCGAUCUCACAAUCAAGAAUCAAGACUUUGCUGAGGCGACCGAGGAGCCUGGUCUGGCCUUCGCUUUUGGCAAGUUCGACGGUAUCCUCGGCAUGGGAUAUGACACCAUCUCUGUCAACAAGAUCGUGCCUCCUUUCUACCAGAUGAUCGACCAGAAGCUUAUUGAUGAUGCCGUCUUCGCCUUCUACCUCAGCAAGGACGGAGAGGGCUCCGAGGUCGUCUUUGGCGGCUCGGACAAGGACCACUACACCGGCAAGAUCACCAACAUCCCCAUUCGUAGGAAGGCGUACUGGGAGGUCGAUCUUGACGCUAUCACUGUUGACGGCGAGUCCGCCCAGUACGACGACGCCGGCAUUAUCCUGGACACCGGCACGUCCCUGAUCGCCCUGGAGACCGACCUGGCGGAGAUGCUCAACAAGCAGAUUGGUGGCAAGAAGGGUUAUAGCGGAACCUACACCAUAGAGUGCAACACGCGGGACAGCCUGCCAGACAUCACCUUCACCCUGGCCGGCCACAACUUCACCAUCGAUGCCUAUGACUACACCAUCGAGUCUGGCGGCUCCUGUAUCUCCGCCUUCAUGGGCAUGAACCUCCCUGCCAACCUUGCUGGUAUCCUGGGAGACGCGUUCCUUCGUCCUUGGUACUCCAUCUACGACCUGGGCAAGAACCAGGUCGGCAUCGCCAAGGCGAAGCCCUAAAUACCGCAAUCAGCAGUCACCGGGUGGGAUCUAUUAACUCUUGUAUCAACAGGCGAGACCUAGUAACAUCAUGGCCUGGCAUGGAGGAUUGGGCCGGUUUGGGUUGCGCAUUGUGCCUUGCGUUGAGGUGCAUCACUAUUCCCCACGUCAUGGGAUUUUCCUUGGACCGUCUCGAGUUUUGCCACAGAUUGUAAGGUAGUUGGAACUAGCAUUAGUGGAAUAGGACACGGUGAUUUUACAGU